AUGAGCAUAGAACUGCAGAAGAUGGACGAGCGCCCUUUGACUCCAGAUCGCACCUCUAGUAUCUCAGCCACGGCAACCGCAGUGAACAGUCCCGACAAGCCCCAGUUCCCGCAGAACGCUGCGGAGCCCGACGCCGACAGCCUUUGCUCCAGCUUGGACACCAUAUCGAGCGACAGCGACGAAGACGAAGAUGAAAUCCCGAGUGCGGAAGGCAAAUUGCCUGAAGACGCAGUUCAAGGCUGGCCUCAGUUGGCUCAGCUCAUGGCAGACACGCCGGACUUCGCAGCCUUCCCUCGUUUUCGCGAUUUGAAUGUCAAGAGCCUCUUGUAUUAUCAGGUCGAGCUUAGUAGCCUUAGAAAGAAGCUCCAGAAAUUGGAGCAUGCUGACAAGGCCCAUUCCGAGCGCAAAAAGUACGCACUGUACGCCGAUACGUUGGUUAACGAAGCGAACGCCUCAGAGCAACUUGAAACGGUGCGAAUGAUCCGGACGGUGCUGAAAGAGUACAAUAAGGCCUUGCUGCAGUACUCGCAGAUAUGCGCAUUGCCAGAUCCCGAGCCGUUUAACAUGCGCACGCUCCGAAAGUGGCUACGCAAUGGAGAAUGUGGUGACUUCAAUAUACGAGCCCUCGAUGAGGGCGGAGCGGUGAAUACUUGGGGACCACUCCAGAAUAAUCCCGACGAUAAGGAGAAAAGCCUAUGGUCGCAGUUUGGCAAUCUUCUCUGGGGCCUCGUGUGGAUGCGGCGGCCUGCAAAGAGCAUGUACGAGCCAGACCUAGCGCUCACCUCGCCUCAGACAGAGGUGGAUGGCUUGACGCACUGGUACGCUUCCGAGUGGAAACCGUUUAGCAGAUCAUUCAAGAAGCGGAAGGAACGAAAGUCAGGCAACGGCCCGAAUGAUGUUGAACAGAAUGUCAACGGCAAUGUCGCGGAAAACCCUGCUGGUCCUGCAGCCCCUUGGGCGAAAAAGGCCCCUAAGGAGAAGGCGUUGGUCUCAUGGUCGCAGAACAGCGCGUUGAGGUUGACAUCCGGCAUCUCAACCGUUGUCGCUUGUCUCUUGCCAGUCAUCGCCAUAUCCGUCCUGUCGCAGCUCCAGGGCCUCAAAGCUCUUCUCCUUUGCCUUGCCGGGUUCUCGCUAGUCUUCGCUAUAGGUCUGAUCGCUCUGACGCAGGGUACCAGCAAGAGGACUGAGAUAUUCGGAGCCACUGCAGCCUUCUCAGCCGUCAUGGUAGUCUUCAUCUCGAUUCCGCCGGCACCUGUGAUUUACAUGCCUCCAGGCUCGGCCAUACCGUCAGUGUCUCCGAGUGCUGUUAUCUCGGCGCUGGCCUCUGGUUGA